GAUUUCCUGUUUACUCCAUUGGAUAGGCCGUUUGAUUAAAAUUUCGAAAGUAUCUUGAACUGAAAUUUCAACGCCCACGAAAAGAUAUAUCAAACUUAUAGAAAAAGUCGCGAUUAAAUUCGACCAUAUACAAUCGUAUUUAUUAAUAUAUUUUAUUACAAAGCCAUUCGAACACCUCGUGUAUUUUUUUCCGUACGAUCCCCAUACGAAAUUACAUUUCGGUACCACCUUAUCACACCCUUUGUAAAUAAAAACAUCUGUCUGUUUGCUUUCGAUAACACUGUUUGAUAUUGUUAGAGUUUAACGUUAAAUGCAUUCGCCUUGUUUAAUCUGGAGAACUAAUAAAUAGUAAAGGAUAUGAAAGAUACUGGGUGUUCUCAUACGCCCUGAUGGCACAAUUUCUCAUUACUAGUUCUUAAAACAAUUCUAAAGAAUAGCAGCAGAGAUUCAAGAAUAUUUUUUGAACAAAAGCGGUUAUAAUUGUUAUAGACAAAGCAACAAUAUAAUUAAAGCGUUACUGCUAAAAUGGAGGGCCAAGUCAAAAGUAUACGAACAGAACAAGCACUUGUUAGCAAACAUUUCGGCGCCAAUGACGACGAUGAUGGAGUCGACGAGCUCACGGAAAAGUGCAGAAAAUGGUUGGAAAAAUGCAUCGACUCGGACAAAUCGUCGGAAUAUUCGGAAAGCACUUUCAGCGAUUCGACUGCGAACAGUGCAAUGGAUUCGGGUUUAGUGUUUCAAAACGAUGAGGUAGUUAUGGCAGAUCAAAUCAUCGGUAAUAAUUACAAGGACUCGAAUGGUGGUUCGUACAUCAUCAAAGAGACCCCUCGACAGAAAUACGACAACAUAAACAUCUACAAAUCCAAGAAAGUCCACGUGGGAGACGUCACAUACAUCCACGGUCCAGUUAUAAUCAACAGCAAUUCCUCUUACAUCGACAAAAAUUCUCCCGAACCCUACAUAGAACCAGAGUCCCAAGUAGUACAAGUCAACAGAAUGAACUGGCUAGCUCAACCGCCUUUAGGCGUGAAAGAACAUUUAGAAGCACCAGCAGAAUACGUUAUAAUAUGUCACACAGCGACCGAAGAGGGCUUCACCCAAGCCGAUAACACCCUCUUAGUGCGCCUGAUCCAAACCUUCCACAUCGAGAGCAGGAAGUGGAAGGACAUCGCCUAUAAUUUCCUGAUCGGAUCCGACGGUUUGGUGUACGAAGGACGCGGCUGGGGAGUGGUGGGCUCGCACACGAGAAGCUACAACGCGAAAUCCUUGGGAAUCGCCUUCAUAGGCUGCUUCCUGCACCACCUGCCGCCCGACAGCUCGCUGCAAAUGGCGAAAAAUGUGAUCGAGGCGGGCGUCAAAAGAGGCUCCGUGGACGAGAAUUACAAAUUGCUCGCCCAUUGCCAGUGCAGUUGCAUCGAGAGUCCCGGAAAGAGGCUGUUCGAGGAGGUGCAGACGUGGAAGAACUGGGAUAGCUCGCAAUCGGCGAGGAAACUCUCCGAUUUCGAUGAAAUAACGGAGAACAACAUACCUUAAAUCGCGCUCGAAGCAACUUACUCCUAUCGACUACUGAGUAGUUAUAAUUAAUUUUGUAUGAAAUAAACGCUUUACAAUUUUA